AUGCUUCGUCCUCAUUUCAUUGGAGAUGCGCCUACUCUCGAAGCCAGUAUAAUGAUGCAAGGGCUUUGGUCGUGGUAUGUGGUUCAGAAGACUCGAAAACCUCGGCCAUCCGUAGGGACGGGGAAAAUAUUGCUGGACGGGAAAGGUCCUCCACUCACACGCGCUCGGCCUGCGUCCUGCGUCUGCAGCUUCAAAUCCGAGCUCGCCGCAGGAUUUUUCGAUGGUCGGCAGUACUGCGACAGGUGUCCUGAUUGUCCCUUCUCAUCUACGCCCCCAAACUCUCCUCUCCGCACAGAAACGGACUUCACCCCCUUGGACACUGCCACUAGUGCUGCUCUUCUCUUUCCUACUCCAGCUGCAUCUGAACCCGACUCACCGCCUUCUACACCGCCUAACUCUAUCCUCGAUGCGCCCCGGCGGCCGACAACUCGAUCCAAUGCACACUCCCCAGACAGUCCGACCCCUGGACCAUCAACUCCCAGGGUACACUGGUCGUCUGAUCCUCCCAUUCGCUUCAGUACUCCCCUGAGUCAAUCGGUGUCGAGUGCUGUGCUUGUAGGGUGGAAAGGGAAGAAACGCAUUCGCGAAGCAGAAUCGGAAAAGGAGGCGCAGGAAGAUGAAGAGGCGACAGAUAAAGAGGUGGAGAUGGAGAUGUAUAGGGAGGGAACGAGUAAAAAUCUAAUUGACGGUCCUUGUGUCGAGCUCUGGGUUGAGGAGAAACGGAAACUAGCGCAGCAAGGGAAGACUCUAAAAGAGAAGGAUUGGAUGAGGGAUGGGGCUAGAAACGGAGAGGCGCUGCAUUCCGCUGGGCAGAAUGCUGAUGGAGUCAGGGAAAAGCGGCAGGUCAAAAGGCGCAGACAUCACUGA